GUGGUGCAGAUCUGACCUAUGGUAAUACCUUGAAAGAGUAUGAAUAUUUCAGCAAACUGCCUUUUCAGUGGUUCCUCAUUAGCAUCUGAAGUGCAUGCUGCUGCUGUUAAUGGAGAUAAGAGUACCCUCCAAAAGCUAAUAGCAGGAAACUCUGAGCUGAAAGAUAAAGAGGACCAGUUUGGAAGAACUCCACUUAUGUACUGCGUAUUGGCUGACAGGCUGGACUGUGCAGAGGCAUUGCUGAAGGCUGGAGCCGAUGUUAAUAGAGCAGAUCGUAGCCGAAGAACUGCUCUCCAUCUUGCUGCACAAAAGGGAAAUUACCGCUUCAUGAAACUUUUACUGGCUCGUAGAGGGAACUGGAUGCAGAAGGACUUGGAGGAUAUGACACCAUUACAUUUAACUACACGUCACAAAAGCCCAAAAUGUUUAGCUUUGUUGCUAAAACAUAUGGCGCCUGGAGAAGUGGAUACCCAGGACAGAAACAAGCAAACUGCAUUGCAUUGGAGUGCCUACUACAAUAACCCAGAGCAUGUGAAACUUCUCAUAAAACAUGAUUCAAAUAUUGGAAUCCCUGAUAUUGAAGGAAAAAUCCCACUUCACUGGGCAGCUAACAACAAGGACCCUAGUGCAAUUCACACAGUGAAAUGUAUUCUGGAAGCUGCACCUACAGAAUCUCUGCUUAACUGGCAAGACUACGAAGGACGAACUCCCCUUCAUUUUGCUGUUGCUGAUGGGAAUGUAGCAGUUGUUGAUGUCCUGACCUCCUACGAAGGCUGCAAUGUGACAUCUUAUGACAACUUGUUUCGAACUCCCCUUCACUGGGCAGCCUUACUUGGUCAUGCACAGAUUGUCCAUCUCUUAUUAGAAAGAAAUAAGUUUGGAACUAUCCCAUCUGAUAGUCAAGGUGCAACACCCCUACAUUAUGCGGCACAGAGCAACUUUGCUGAAACAGUUGAAGUAUUUUUGAAACAUCCUUCUGUAAAAGAUGACUCAGAUCUUGAGGGAAGAACGUCCUUCAUGUGGGCAGCUGGCAAAGGCAGUGAUGAUGUCAUUAGGACUAUGCUGACUUUAAAAUUGGAUAUUGAUAUCAAUAUGACAGACAAAUACGCUGGCACAG